AAGAGUUUAAAAAUUUGAAGCUAAGGAAAAAAAAAAAUUAACAUAGUUUUGUGACAGGCGAACGCCCGCCCCCACACACGCCUACCACCUGGCAAAAGGGCAUGUCAUAAUUUUUCCGAGAGUGUGUUUUGCUCCAGUGAGAAGUGCGAGAAGAAAGAGGAAGGCAAAAGCAAAAGCAAAAGCAAAAAAAAGAACUGUCUAAGCUUUCAAACUGGCUAAAAACCUGAAAAUAUGUUGCCUUUAUGGUAACUGUUAUAUAAUUAAAGGUUAUCUGCCUGUGUGAAUAGAAAAAACACAAAAAACCAAAAAACGCUGCUGCAAAAAAAAUACUAAAAUUCAAAGAAAUUAUCCCAAAAAUGAGUGUUUAUAUACACAACUAACACAAAAAGGAAAAAAUUACAAAAAAAAAUGUUUUAGUAGUUUUUGAAGAAAAUUGAAAUAAACACAAAAACAAAAUCAAAACCUCUCCCUGCUAAAUCCAGGAAAUGCAGUUUGAUUUCUCUUCAAUUUAUUGAAAACUCCCACUGAAACGAAAUUCUCCAUUUAAAGCGGCGGUUUUUAAUGUUUUAUUUGUAACGUCGUGUGUGUUUUUCAAGUUAUCGCAUUGCUUUCGUUAUCGUUGUAUCGCUUCGUAAUCGCUGUUUCGCACGGUUAUCGUUUUACACACUCUCGGGUGUUCGAUCGUUUGCUUUGCAAUAACAAAAAACCAAAAACACUUUUCAAAUGUUUCAAGUUUUUUGCCAUUCGUUAGUUCGAAACUGGUUUUAAUACUCUUUCCUCCACCCAAGACCCACCUAAACAUAUGUGGGGGCGAAGAUUCCUGAAUGGUUUUGUCUUGUCUCGUGCGUGUCUGUGUAUCGGUGUUUCUUGGAAACUUCAAAUCUUUAAGUGAUGGUCUACUGAGUGCAUACAAAGCAGAAGAUUUGCUUCUAUGAAAACAAAAAUCCCCAUAAAUAUUCGCCAUAUUUCAAAUGUUUAUGUUUUUCAAGGAAUCGUCUCAACACGGAACCCCUUAAAGAAUAAAACAAUCCUUUACACGCAAGUGCAGAGUGUCUUCAGUUUUGUUUGAUUGUUUUGUAAAUUUCAACAGAAAAAAAAAAUAAUUGCUUCUUUUAUAUGAAAAUCAUAGUAAAAAAAGAAAUUUGUUUAAAGAAAAGAAUGUUAAUGACAAACAUACACCAAAAUCGAGUAUAAACCCAAAUGGAUUACCUUUGAUUGUGGAUUACAAAACGGAUAUGAGCACAUGUUUGUGAAAAGUAAGUGGAUCACAACUCUCCACACACCAGACAAACUCUAUGUGGAAGAAUGCAUGUGUUUGCCACAAAAGGUUACAGUGGCAAGAACAAAGCGACCUAGAAGAAUUUUUUGAACGAUAAAUGUAAAUCGAUAACGAUAUUUAUGUUACAAUAUCUUAAUAACACUGUCGCCCGCAAAGCCAACAACUCAAAACGUAAUCCGAAUAUUUCGGAAAGAAGUAUUCGUUGUAGUAGUGGUGGGUGCCGUUUUAAAGUGCCAUUGCUCGGAAAAUUAACAACAACACAAAAUGAUGAUGGGGCCAUGAGCCCAUCAUUACCGACAUUGAGUUGGAGUCGCAAGCGCGUCUCAAGCGGGCCUGCACCAUGCUAGCACCGCCGAACCCGAGGUCAAUAUGCGGCCAGGACCCGGGCUGGUCGUGAUGGCGCUUGCGUUUAUUUCGGGGGCUCGGCGUGGCAGCACCAGCAGCAUCAGUUCAAAGACUACAAUAACAACGUCGUCACUACCACCACCAAUAAUAAUAACAACAACAACAACAACAACACCACCACCACCACCACCACUACCAACGGCAACAGGAACACAAACAUUACCACCAACACUAUCACCGACCACACUUUUACCACCAACAUCAGCGGCAGCACCGUCUACGUCGUCCUCAUUCAUUAUCGCAGCAACAGCACCACCGCCAACAAAACAAACAAGAAAAGCAGCAGCCAACGCCAUUACUUCACCGGCAUCAUCGUUCAGUAUUUAUGAGCACAACACUGCAUUCCACGAAGAGGCCACAACAAAGGAUCAUCUCCACCAACACAACCACCAGCUGGCACUGGAAACGGCGCCAUUCAACUUUUUUAAUACAUUUUAUAGCAACAGUUUUCUACAGCGCUCUGCGUCCUCUGUCUUUUCACCCUCCGCCUACAGUGCUACGAAUACCUUUGCCUACACGUUUCCGCUGCCCACGCACUUGACACACCAUUACGACGAUCCGCGCACACGUACACGUUCCGUUUCGAAUCGGGUUUUGUCAACGGUAAGACAAUCGCGACCGCGAGUGUCCGCCAAACGCCGGCGAAGAAGAAAGAGAAGAACACGCAGUGCUGCCAACGUUGCCGAUUACAAGAGCGGUGGUGGGAGUGGCUCAGAGACGGUAGAGAAUCUUAACGAAUCGCUGGACGACAGCACCUCUCAAUCGACCGCUGUGGACAGCAGCAGCGGCAGCAGUAGCAGCAACGCUCGCUUACGAACUCGCAACAGAGGAGAUAGAGUAGCGGGUGACCAAUCCUUGGCCCUUGGCCUACCAGUGCACUUUCCCUCGCUAACCGCCGAUUCGUCGAGGUCCUUUGACGAAGACGAUAUAUUUGCCUUAGUAGCCGAGGACGAUCUUCUAUCGGAAGAGUCCUUUGAUCGGUUAAUUCAAUUAACGAACGACAAAAUUGGUGAUACCAACGAAGACGAUUACAGCAGUGGAACGGAGACUGUAGCUUCAUCAUCGGCAUCCGCAUCAGCAUCAUCAUCAUCUUCUUCUUCGUUGUCCCCAUCAACAUCUGCAUCUGCCGCUUCCUCAGCGGCGUCAUCCAUACCAUCUUCCCCAUCGUCAUCAUCAUCAGCAACUGGUGGUAGUGGUAGUGGCGCCUCGGAUAUACAACAACAAGAACAACAACAACACACCAAACAACAAAAUGUCAUUGAGGAUUUUGAGCGACUGCAACAAAAUGAAGAUCCAACUCCGGUCCAAGACGACGGAGAUGAUAGCAGCUCCAAAGCAACAGCAACAGCAACAAAACCAUUUCAAGAUCAGGAGCCAGAACAAGAAUCAGCUUCAGUGUCGGAGCAAACUCAAGAACAACGCAAAGUCCAAAGACCACGACCACUUGAAGAAUCUGCAUCAAUUGACAGUAGUGACGCGGUAAAUAUUGACACGGUCUACAAUGCUCACUUAGUGGGCAAUAACAACGACAAAGUUGUAUCGGUCACGGAAGACGUUGAACAGAUAAUCCCCCUCGAUACAACAAAGGCAACGGAACUCGAUAGCGCCAGGGCACAUCAAUCGAUCUUGGAAACUGAUUUUCCGUUGACACGCCUUAAUCCUUGGAUAUCAGCUUGUGAUCUGGCACAACCUGGCCCAUUAUCAGCACCAGAUUUGCAGGGUGAAUGUUCAGCUGGUACACUGCCUGUUGCAAGGGUUGAUGAGGGUCCUGGUCCGCCAAAGUGUCUCAAAUCGUGUAAAGACGACGACGACGAGGACGAAGAAGAAGAGGAAACGCCAUUUACAAAUAAGUUAAAUAAGGAUAAAAUGAUUAAUAAUAACAACAACAACAAUACUAAUAAUAAUAAUAACAACAACAACAACAACAAACAUAAAAACAAAAAGGAUAAUAAACUAAAUAAUAAAUUAGUAGGCUAUACAACAACAACAAACACCUUUAAUAUUAAGCUAAGAAAUAGUCAGCCAACUAUUAGUCAUAGUUCCAAUAAAGACAGAGACGGUACGGACGACGACAACAACAACAACGCCGGCAAACAUUCCAUUAGCAAGGAUUCCCCUAAGCACCUCGGCAGCAGUCAUAGGGCCAAACAGCAACAGCAGCAAGAACAACAACAACAGCAGAAAAGCCAAAAGCUGUUGAAUCCUUUUAAUUACUAUCAAAUCCAUAAAAACUACAACCACAACAACAAUAACAAAAUGACAAAGACGCGACGAAGUCAUGCCGCCGACUCCAAUGAGUUUACGCCACCAAGUGGCAAGCAGGCAACGAUAGCUGCAUUUGGCCAAGACAACACCAAAGGUGCGAACAACACCAACAGCAACAAUUCCACCAAUAUCCUGGAUGCCACAAGUCAUGCCCACCAUGGGCACUCGCUUGCGGCGGAUAGUGAUGACAUAUUGGAGUUCAUGAAUAAAAUGCAACAGGACGCCAAUGCGAAUGGCCCAUCUGCCGGCAUUUCAUCCAAUGACAAUGUCGACGCCGAUGAUGUGGACACUAUCGAUGGCAAUGGCGAUGUCGAAGAGGACGAUGAAGAGAUUGAUGAUGACGAUGUGGAUGUGGAUGUCGAAGAGGAAGUGGACGAUGACAUCGACAUGAAUGUUCACAAUGAUGCAGCUGUGGCCGAUAAUGCCGCCUUUAUGAUGCAGCUGCAACAAUUCCAACAGCAACAGCAGCACCAACAGAAUCAGGCCAACAAUAAUAUUGUCAAAAUGAAACUGACAGCGACUGCACACGGUGGUGCCGCUACCAGUCGCAGUGGCAGUCAACACUUUGAAUUGAAAUAUAAUCACUUGCAAUCGAAUCUCAAUGGCAACACCAAUGGCCAUACCACCAAGCCCGGCAGCAGCAUCAACAAAAAUAUCCUCCCCAAUAGGCCUUACCAGCAGAGCUUUCAGUUGCAAGUGCAAGAGGUGGCGGAGAAAGUCAACGCAAAUUUAGACCACAACCAGCAAAAGCGAGUGACAAGCCUCACCGAAAACCAAAGCCACAUUAGCCGAGCCCAGCUUCCGCAAUUGUUCGAUGAGCAAAUGGAGCUGGGGCCAAAGUCCCAUCAACAGCAACAACAACAGUGCCUUGAAUAUUUGGGCGAUAGUGCCGAAACACAGCCCAUGCACUUAUGCACACAACUCACCUCACCGAGCCAUCUGUUGGCUCAGCUACGCCAUUUGCGUCUAAGAAAUUGCUGCGAACGCAACGUCUACAGUUCCCUGCACACGCUGGCCUUAAACGCCACUCUCAGUGGUGGCGAGCAGUGCAUUCGCAUCCUAGAGGAUUUGAUCGAAUUGGAUGCAUUGGCAUCGCGCAUAACAUGUGGCCUAACGGAAAUACUUUUUCGUUUCGAUUGCCGCCAGGCCUACUCAAUAAUACAUCAGUGUGAGGAUUGUAAGGAAGCCUAUCGUCGCUGGGUGUGCAGUACAUUAGUGCCAUAUUUUGCCGAACCCAACGAUGUUAUAAAACCACCAAAAUUCUAUGAAACCGCAACGGACAGUGGUCAUCAUCCACAUGCAGCCCAACAUCCUGGUCAUUAUCAGGCGGCAGUUAAAAAUGACAACAACCUUCAACAUGGAAGGUCGUCAAUGGCUUUAUCCAAUAGCGACAACCAAAAAAAUGCACCCACCUCAUACAGCAUCACCAGCAGUAGCAGCACCACCAACAGCAACCACAACAAUACCAACAUGGCCUCAAACAUGACUACCUCUCAUAUAAUGAUGACGAUGGCGUCGCAGCAUAUUGGCAGCAACUCCUCGAAUGGCAAAAAUGGCACAGAAAUAUCAUCGGCAUCAUUAUCGUCAACGUCAUCGUCAUCGUCAUCAUCAUCAUCGAUAUUAGCAAAAAGAGCAGCAAUAUCAGCGGCAACAUCGAAUUUUAUUACAGCGGCAAUGGGAAAUAGUAACCACAACAGCAACAACAAUAACAAUUAUAAUGACAUUCGACAACAUUUGCAGCAACAACAUAACAAGGGCAGCAAGAACAACAACAGUAACCAUCAUGUCAAACGACGAAAUGUACAACAACUGCGACAGGAGCAACAACAAUCACAGCGACAGCAACAUCAUCAUCAAAAUACAAAGCAAUUUAAUGAUAAAUUGAACAAUAAUUACAUUCCGAGCAUUAAUGCAUUGCAUAAAAGACCACAAACAAACCCCUCACCAAGCUCGCUGCCAAGGGCAACAUCAUCAUUGGCGGCUGGUGCUGCUGCAACAUUCACAUUACCAGCGGUGACCAGAAGAAACACCCCCGCAUUGACAUUUGAUGAUAUCGUCUUUACCAAAAAUACCAUGACGACGACUAAACCACAAGCUCUGAGAUCUGCUACCAACACCAGACGAAGGACCCGAACUUUUAGUGAAGGAGUUCCGAACAGUGCGACUGUUGCUGUUGAUGAUGGUGGUGGUUUGGGUCAUGUUGCUACCAGUGCCAGUAGCUUUAAUAGUUUCGGCCAUAAUAAUCACUAUAAAUCAACGAAUAAAAGACCCAAACGCAGCGAUGACACAUCGGCACCCGUUUAUAUGGGUGGCUAUAAAGAAAUAAAUCCAGCGCACCAGGGACAGAACUAUGAGCAGGAAGUGCAAAUGUUGCAGCAGCAACAUAAAUUGCAAUUUAAUGAUAACAAAGUUGUAAAUCAACAGCAACAACAACAACAACAAUCCCUUAAUUCCAUAUCGACUGCCAUUAAUGAGGAUUCUUUAUUUGCUAAGGAUCCUGUGAUAUCCAAAUUAUUAAAAAGAUCAAAACGGAAAGUUGAAUUUCGCAAACGGCGAAGAAUACGACCCUGCCUAAGUGUUUGCCAAACGGUUGAACAAAAAUGUCCAUAUCUCUUGCCGGCCGAUCGGGCGCCAUCGAUUCCUACACAAUAUGCCGGUGAGCCAACAUUUUUAUGUUUGGAUUACAACAUAGCGGAAACGGAAGAACAAUUACGCAAAGCCAGCCAUGGGCCAAAUGAAUGCUGCUACACUUACUGCCCGACCACAGCGGAUGGCAUAUGCACCUAUUGCAAUGAUUUCCUCGAUACACAGGAUAUCGAAAUGGAAGCCGAAAGGAUUAACAAGGAGAGCACAAAACGGAUUUACAAUAUCACCAUGAAGGCACGCAAUCAGGAUAAGACAAAUGACCAGAGUAUACGGGUCGAAACGAAAAUCCAAAAGAAGUUAUCGGCCAGCAGCAGCAGUAACGAGGAGGAGGAACAUCAUUUGAAAAUGUCCACGGUGGCCAUAGCGGUGCGUAAUGAUACGCUGGCCUUGAAUGUGACGCGACUGACCGAACGUCUGCCCUACUACGCCUACUGUGAGGGUGUGUAUUACUAUGAUGAUGACAUAGACGAUAUGCCCGAGGUGGCCUAUUCAGAGGAAUGUACUGCCUUGCCAACGGUACAAAGCCGUUGCAGAAUACCCUAUUUUGCGGUGAACUAUGAGACAUCGGGCGAGAUAUGGGGUUCAUAUCGCAAGCACAACGAGGCGCAAAAGCUAUGGUUGUGGCUGAGUACCUUACUGUGCCUAUGGUCCUGCUAUACAGCGCGAGUCUUUAGACUCAAAAGGUUACAGGACAAGAGGGAAUACCACCUUGGGCAGCAACAGCAGCAGCGGCAGCCUACUCAGCUUCGAACACAACAUGACUUACAAAGAAUCUUAGAAUCACAUCAACAACAACAACCAAAUAAUAAUAAUGAUAACAAUAUUAACAAUACUGCCUUUAAGAGUAAACGUAGCCCAUGUAAAAAUUGUGAAAAUCGCGAAAUAAUGUUAAGCCACAACGAUUUUGGCAAAAGAGCCAUUGUGUGGUAUGAUAUCACCGAAAAUCGCCUAUUGCUUAUCUAUCUAAGGACAUUACGGGCCAAUCACACAACCUGCAAUCGACGGGCAUUGCGGACAAACGAUAACAAACAGGAUAAUAUUAGUCUUAAGUGGGAGAGGGCGAAACGAAGGAAUUUCCAUGAAUUGGUCCGUAGAAGACAACAAAUCGAUUUACUAUAUAGUAAAAAUGCAUUAAUCUUAUUAAUACACUAUACGAAUCGUUUGAAAUCGUUUAUGCAACAAACGCAACCGCAUCGAAAGCGCAAACUGACACAUUUGAAUAGAUUAUGGUGGUGGUGGAGAUGGUGGACGUCAUCUUCAUCGUCGUCGUCGUCGUCAUCGUCGUCAUCGCCGUCAUCGUCCUCAUUACCUUUGCCUGCAAGUCUAAGGCCGGCCUCCAUCAUAAGGCCAGACUUGAAAUUGAAACUGAAAUUGAGAAUCAAGUUGAAAAUGUUUAAAAUGAAGACGAAGACGACGAGGAGGAAGAAGAAACAAAUGAAUUGUAGUAAUGUUAGUUUUAGUCACUGUAGUUGUAGUUUAACUAGUUGUAGUUGUAAUAAAACUAAUAAUUAUAAUAAUAAUAAUAAUAAUACUAAUAUUAAAAAUACGAAAAUAAUAAUGAUAAAAAAUAACAAAAAAAAUGAUAAAACUAUAAAAAUUCACAUAAGAAAAAACCAUGUUAAAAGAAAUUAUUAUAAUGAAAAUAUGAAAAAAUUGAAAUUUAAUUUUAGUACAUGUAAUUUUAAAGAUACUUAUAAUGAGCAACAACAACAACAACAACAAAAACACUAUAUUAAAACAACAACAACAACAAAUAAUAAUAAUGUUAGCCAUAAUAAAUCGAAUGAUGACACAAAUGUAAUAUCUAAGCAACAACAACAACAACAACAAGAUUUUUCCAUAAUUAAAUUACAAUGUAAUACAACAAGAAAAAGGACAACUCAUUUAAUUUCCACUAGGAACAGCCACCAUCAGCAUCAGAUACACUACCACCACAACCACCAACAACUACUACACCCCAUAUACAUCAACGAGAAAUGCAUCAAUAUCCUUAACCAUUCUGUAUGCUGUAUGCAUAUUCCCACUUUCGAACCUCUUCCAGCAGCAUAUGCUCCUAGGUAUCAGCGACCAUCAUCACCUGACAACAUGGAAAUGCAUAAUAAUGAGGAGUACCACCACCACCACUACCAUCACCACCAAUACCCCCACAGCCAUCUUAAAAAAAAUAAUACCCCACAAAUAUAUAAUAGUACUCGUAUAAGUUCGCCAUUGUGCAGGAGCCAUCACAAGAUGCCAUUGCAUCAUAAAAUCGCCAGAAAACACCAAAAUUCUCAACAUUCACACACCGUUUCCCCCACCAACAGCCCCAAGUCCAUCACAUUCAAAAGAGCCAAAUUCAAAUGUUCAUCUUUAGUAAGGGAAGCGUAUGGUCACCAGCGAUAUUGUCACCGCCACCGCCACCUACAACGCCAUCACUAUCACCCAUAUUUUUAUCUACAUCAUAUUUUGAUGAGUCAUUGCAAACGCAACAGCAGCAACCACAACAACACCAAGAAUUGUCAACAUUUUUAUUACAAACCCCUUAAAAGUAGUUAUAAUAGUAAACUAAAUAAUUAUCGUUAUUUUUAUGAUUACAAUUUCAACAUAAACGAUUGGUGGCAUCGACAUCGUCAUCGCCAUCGGCACUGUCAUUGGUGUUGGUGUUGUGUCAGCUGUUGUCGCUGGUCCAGCGUUGGUUGGCAUUGGCAUCGAUAUCGAUUGCAACGACUCCACAGAUCCUUAUCAUAUCGAAUGCAUCCCACCACCACCACCACCACCACCACUACCACCAAUACCAUUAACCGUAGUGUUGAUGAUGAGGCCAACCUGUAUGAGAAGAAAUCUCAUAAAACAUAUUCAACAUCAUCGAUAUCUGACAAUGGCCGUGUCAUUGCCAUUGACAUAAUUCACUAUCAUGCCACCAUAUUAUAGUGGUGCAUGCAUGCAUCUGAACCGUAUCAAUAGUCCCCACAGCACAAUGGAACUUAACUAGAGUUUAUGUUUUUCUUUUCUUUUUUCAAGUAGACCUAGCAUAUAUCCUUUAGCAUUUUUGUUAAUCGAACCUACAAAAUUUAGUUUGGUAAUUAUUUGAUUUGUAUAAUUUCGAUUCAUGGUAUGCUAUCGAAAUU